CCGCGCCCGCCGGAGAUGUCGACGCCUCCCCUGGCCGGGGCCGCGAUGCCGCCCGGCGCCUUCUCCGGCACGCAGGCCCAGGCGGCCAGGGAGGUCAACACGGCCUCGCUCUGCCGAAUCGGCCAGGAGACCGUGCAGGACAUCGUGUUCCGAACCAUGGAGAUCUUCCAGCUGCUCAGGAACAUGCAGUUACCAAAUGGUGUCACUUACCAUACUGGGACGUACCAGGACAGACUGGGAAAGCUGCAGGAGCAUCUCCGUCAGCUGUCAAUACUCUUCAGAAAACUGAGAUUAGUCUAUGACAAAUGCAAUGAAAACUGUGCAGGACUCGAUCCAGUUCCCAUAGAACAACUUAUUCCAUAUGUUGAAGAAGAUGGAUCCAAGCAUGAUGAUCGUGGUGCUGCCAGUCAGCUUCGUUUUGCUACCGAGGAAAGAAGGGAAAUYUUGGAAGUAAAUAAGAAACUAAAGCAGAAGAAUCAGCAGCUGAAGCAGAUCAUGGAUCAGUUACGGAAUCUCAUUUGGGACAUAAAUGCCAUGUUGGCAAUGCGGAAYUGAACGAGGAAACAACUUAGAAUCAAACAUCGUAAAUAGAAGAGAUUCUGUUUUGUUUUGUUUUUCAGAUAUWUUUGAUUUCUUUC